CGGAGACUGGGAGCGAAAAAUCCGGGAUCCGGCAACUUUGGGCAGCGCAUGCGCGCCCGCGGCGCUCCAUCCCAAACACACACACAUUUUUCCCCCGGACUUGGAAAGUCACCCAAAGCCGCCCCAAGUGCAGGCAAACAGGCCUCACUGAGUGAAGGCGAAGACCAUCCAUCUUACCUGCCUUUCCUGCUGUCUCGGCGUCGGCCCUUCCUAUAGAAGGGGUCCUGCUGCUCCCGUGGUGUGUGUGGGAAUGGACUUCGGACCCCAGGUUCUUGGGAUGCAAAGGAUGAAGUGACACCCCCACCGCGAGAGAGGAGCCUCUAGGACCCACGACAAGAGUUUGGGACCAAAGAGAGGAGAAUGGAUCUUGGUACAGCUGAAGGCACCCGGUGCACCGACCCGCCCACAGGCAAGCCCGCGAUGGCGGCCAAGCGCAAAGGCGGCCUGAAGCUCAACGCCAUCUGCGCCAAGCUGAGCCGCCAGGUGGUGGUGGAGAAGGGCGGGGAGGCUGGUGCCCAUGCCGAGGGCAGCCCACUGCGGCCCCGGGACAAAGAACGCAGUGGCGCCGAGUCCGGGGUGGCCCGGGCCCCCCGCAGUGAAGAAGACAAGAGGCGGGCGGUGAUUGAGAAAUGGGUCAACGGGGAGUACAGCGAGGAGCCGGCGCCCACGCCAGUUCUGGGGCGGAUCGCCCGGGAGGGCCUGGAGCUGCCACCUGAGGGUGUCUACAUGGUCCAGCCCCAGGGCUGCAGCGACGAAGAGGACCACGGCGAAGAGCCCCCCAAGGACGGCAGCGUCCUGGAGGAGAAGGACUCGGAUGGGGCAGCCUCCAAGGAUGACGGUGGUCCCAGUGCCAAGCAGGCUUCAGGAGAGGCCUCUUCGCUGCGGGACUACGCGGCCUCCACCAUGACCGAGUUCCUUGGCAUGUUUGGCUACGACGACCAGAACACGAGGGACGAGCUGGCCAGGAAGAUCAGCUUCGAGAAGCUGCACGCGGGCUCCACCCCUGAGGCGGCCACCUCCUCCGCGCUGCCCACCUCCGAGGACGCCCUCAGCAAGCGGGCGCGGUUCUCCAAGUACGAGGAGUAUAUCCGCAAGCUCAAGGCCGGCGAGCAGCUGUCCUGGCCGGCCCACGGCACCACGGCCGAGGGGCGGGCGGGCAAGGAGGCGCUGGGCCCCCUGCCCGGCCUGCGGCUUCCCAGUAGCACCACGCACCUGGAGACCAAGGCCACCAUCCUGCCCCUGCCCUCGCACAGCAGCGUCCCCAUGCAGGGCCUGGUGGCCCGCGCCUCCAAGUACGACUUCUUCAUCCAGAAACUGAAGACGGGUGAGAACCUGCGGCCCCAGAACGGGAGCGCCUACAAGAAGCCGUCCAAGUACGACCUGGAGAACGUCAAGUACCUGCACCUCUUCAAACCCGGGGAGGGCAGCCCUGACAUGGGCGGGGCCAUCGCCUUCAAGACAGGCAAGGUGGGGCGCCCCUCCAAGUACGACGUCCGGGCCAUCCAGAAGCCUGGCCCCGCCAAGGUUCCGCCCACCCCCAGCCUGGCUCCCGCACCCCUCGCCAGCGUGCCCACCGCUCCCAGCGCCCCUGGGCCAGGCCCUGAGCCAUCUGCCUCCCUGCCUUUCAACACUCCCGAGUACCUGAAGUCAACCUUCUCCAAAACAGACUCCAUCACCACGGGGACCGUCUCCACUGUCAAGAACGGAUUGCCCACAGAUAAACCAGCUGUCACUGAAGAUGUAAACAUUUACCAGAAAUAUAUUGCCAGGUUCUCAGGCAGUCAGCACUGCGGCCACAUCCACUGCGCCUACCAGUACCGCGAGCACUACCACUGCCUUGACCCCGAGUGCAACUACCAGAGGUUCACGAGCAAGCAGGACGUGAUCCGGCACUACAACAUGCACAAGAAGCGGGACAACUCCCUGCAGCACGGCUUCAUGCGCUUCAGCCCACUGGAUGACUGCAGCGUCUACUACCACGGCUGCCACCUCAACGGGAAGAGCACCCACUACCACUGCAUGCAGGUGGGCUGUAACAAGGUGUACACGAGCACGUCAGACGUGAUGACCCACGAGAACUUCCAUAAGAAGAACACCCAGCUCAUCAAUGACGGCUUCCAGCGCUUCCGUGCCACCGAGGACUGCGGCACAGCCGACUGUCAGUUCUACGGGCAGAAGACCACGCACUUCCACUGCAGGCGCCCCGGCUGCACGUUCACCUUCAAGAACAAGUGUGACAUCGAGAAGCACAAAAGCUACCACAUCAAGGACGACGCCUACGCCAAGGACGGCUUCAAGAAGUUCUACAAGUACGAGGAGUGCAAGUACGAGGGCUGCGUGUACAGCAAGGCCACCAACCACUUCCACUGCAUCCGCGCCGGCUGCGGCUUCACCUUCACCUCCACCAGCCAGAUGACCUCACAUAAGCGCAAGCAUGAGCGCAGGCACAUACGCGCCUCGGGCUCCGGCGUGCUGGGGCUGCCGCCCUCGCUGCUGGGCGCCAAGGACACGGAGCACGAGGAGUCCAGCAACGACGACCUGGUCGACUUCUCAGCCCUGAGCAGCAAGAACUCCAGCCUGAGCGCCUCCCCCACCAGCCAGCAGUCCUCCGCCUCCCUGGCCGCGGCCACUGCCACCUCUGAGGCCGUGCCCAGCGCCACCAAGCCUCCCAACAGCAAGAUCUCGGGCCUAUUGGCCCAGGGCCUGCCUGGCUCCAUCCCCCUGGCGCUGGCUCUCUCCAACUCUGGCCUGCCCAGCGCCGCACCCUACUUCCCCAUCCUUCCUGGCCGGGGCAGUGCCUCCCUGCCAGUGGGUGCCCCUGGUCUCAUGGGUGCCAUGUCGUCUGGGACAGCAGGCUCAGCAACCCCUGACACGCCCGCCCUGGUGGCCUCGGGAGCUGGUGACUCGGCGGUGGCGGGGGCUGCCUCGGUCCCCGUGCCCCCUGCCUCAAUCAUGGAGAGGAUCUCAGCCAGCAAAGGCCUCAUCUCGCCCAUGAUGGCCAGGCUGGCCGCGGCCGCCCUCAAGCCCUCUUCCCCCUUUGACCCAGGAAACGGGCAGCAGGCCACCCCUGCCAGGUUCCCCCCAGCCCCGGUGAAGCAGGAGCCCGGUGAGAGUGCUGGCGCCCCAGGUCCCCACGAGGCCUCCCAGGACCGCAGUUUAGACCUGACUCUGAAGGAGCCCAGUAAUGAAUCAAAUGGCCACGCAGUCCCGGCAAAUUCAUCUCUUUUAUCCUCGCUUAUGAAUAAGAUGUCUCAGGGCAGCCCCAACCUCGGCAGCCUGUUGAACGUCAAGACGGAUACGGAGGGGGGCCCUGCCGGGGAGUCCCCACCGUUCCUGGGCAAGGCUGUGAAAGCAAUGGUUCAGGAGAAGCUGUCAGAGCCCUGGAAGGUGUACCUUCGCAGGUUUGGCACCAAGGACUUCUGCAACGCCCAGUGUGACUUCCUCCACAAGGCCCACUUCCACUGCGUGGUGGAGGAGUGCGGCGCGCUUUUCAGCACCCUGGACGGGGCCAUCAAGCACGCCAACUUCCACUUCCGGACGGAGGGAGGAGCAGUGAAAGGAAACCCAGAGGCUGCCUUCCCGGCCUCAGCUGCUGAGACCAAACCCUCCUUGGCCCCCGCGUCCCCUCCAGCGCCACCCGUCACCACGGCCACGGCUUCCUCUCUCGAGGGGCCCACUCCCAGCCUGGCCGCCGUGCCCUCCACCCCCACCCUGCUCGCCUGGAAGCAGCUGGCUUCCACCAUACCCCAGAUGCCUCAGAUUCCAGCAUCAGUGCCUCACCUGCCCACUUCGCCCUUGGCAACGACUUCUCUAGAGAACGCCAAGCCCCAGGUCAAACCCGGAUUCCUCCAGUUCCAGGAGAACGAUCCUUGCCUCGCAACGGACUGCAAGUAUGCCAACAAGUUCCACUUCCACUGUCUCUUUGGGAACUGCAAGUACGUCUGCAAAACCUCUGGCAAGGCCGAGUCCCACUGCCUGGACCACAUCAACCCCAACAACAACCUGGUGAACGUGCGAGACCAGUUUGCUUACUACUCCCUGCAGUGCCUCUGUCCCAACCAGCACUGCGAGUUCCGGAUGCGUGGGCACUACCACUGUCUCCGGACUGGCUGCUACUUUGUGACCAACAUCACCACCAAGCUGCCGUGGCACAUAAAGAAGCACGAGAAAGCCGAGCGGCGGGCAGCCAAUGGGUUCAAGUACUUCACCAAGCGUGAGGAGUGCGGCAGGCUAGGCUGCAAGUACAACCAGGUGAAUAGCCACUUCCACUGCAUCCGGGAGGGCUGCCAGUUCUCCUUCCUCCUCAAGCACCAGAUGACCUCCCACGCCCGGAAGCACAUGCGGAGGAUGCUGGGGAAGAACUUCGAUCGCGUGCCCUCCUCCCAGGGCCCCCCGAGCCUGAUGGACACCGAGACGGACGAGUACAUGGAUUAUACUGGCUGCAGCCCGGGCGCCAUGUCCUCCGAGUCCUCCACCAUGGACCGAAGCUGCUCCAGCACCCCUGUGGGCAAUGAGAGCACCGCGGCAGGGAACACCAUCUCCAUGCCGACAGCCUCGGGGGCCAAAAAGCGCUUCUGGAUCAUUGAGGACAUGUCUCCGUUCGGCAAGCGGCGCAAGACUGCUUCCUCUCGGAAGAUGCUGGACGAGGGCAUGAUGCUCGAGGGCUUCCGGCGCUUCGACCUCUACGAGGACUGCAAGGACGCGGCCUGCCAGUUCUCGCUCAAGGUCACCCACUACCAUUGCACGCGCGAGAACUGCGGCUACAAGUUCUGCGGGCGCACGCACAUGUACAAGCACGCGCAGCACCACGACCGCGUGGACAACCUGGUGCUGGACGACUUCAAGCGCUUCAAGGCCUCGCUCAGCUGCCACUUCGCCGACUGCCCCUUCUCGGGGAGCAGCACGCACUUCCACUGCCUGCGCUGCCGCUUCCGCUGCACCGACAGCACCAAGGUCACGGCGCACCGCAAGCACCACGGCAAGCAGGACGUGAUCAGCGCGGCGGGCUUCUGCCAGUUCAGCUCGAGCGCCGACUGCGGCGUGCCCGACUGCAAGUACAAGCUCAAGUGCUCGCACUUCCACUGUACCUACCCCGGCUGCCGCCAUACGGUCGUGGGCAUGUCGCAGAUGGACUCGCACAAGCGCAAGCACGAGAAGCAGGAGCGCGGCGAGCCGCCCGCCGCCUCCCCCGGCCCCGAGGGCCCCGCGCCCGGCCCCGCCGCCGCCGCCGCCGGCCUGGACGGCGCGCCCCCGCCCGGCGCCGAGCCCGCCGCCGCCGCCGCCGCCCUGCUCUUCCUGCCCGGCCCGGCGCUGGGGCCCAGCGACGACCCCGGCCCGCCCGACGCCCCGGGGCCCCGCAUCGGCCCCGCCGUGCCCGGCCCAGCGGCCGGCGAGUCGUCGCAGGAGGACGACGAGGAGGAGCUGGAGCUGAACGAGGAGGAGGCGGACGACGACGAGGACGACGACGAGGAGGACGACGAGGACGACGACGAGGAGGACGAGGACGACGACGACGAGGACCUGCGCACCGACUCGGAGGAGUCGCUGCCCGAGGCGCCGGCCGUGGCGGCGGGGCCGGGGGCGCGGAGCCCGGAGCUGGCGGCCCUCGGCGCCCCCGCGCCCCCCGGCCCCGCGCCCGCCGCCUCCUCCCCGUAG